GUGUACUGCAUGUGUGUUUUAACGGGAGCGCACGCGAGGCAGGACGGAGCAGCGCAUCCGCCUCGGAGAGGAGAGGAGAGGAGAGAAGCGCAGCGGAACUUUCACGCUUUCACGUCGUUCUGGCUCUUUUUGACGGAGAGGAUGCUCAGAGGACGCAGCGGCGUUUCCCGAAGUCGCGCGCUUGCACUAACUGAGCUCUGAUACGGUUUUUAAUGAACCGGGCUCGUCCUGAGCGCGCGAUCACAGCAGGUCUUCUCCGGGACUCUCGCGAUGUCCGCAACCUCUGAGUCCCUGCUGCUGCUGCUGCUGCUUCUGGUGUUGGGUGUAUUGCGUGUGAGUGGGCAGACGGAGAUGAAGCGAGUGGUGGGCGAUAACGCCACGCUGCCAUGUCACCAUCAGCUUUGGCAUGCCGAUACCUCACUGCUGGACAUCGAGUGGCUGCUGGUGAAACCCAACGCCAAGCAGAAAGCGGUAAUCACCUACUUUGCAGGCCGGAUCUACGACCCGAGCGAGGGCGAGGCAGGCAGGUUGUCACUAGCGGGCGAUUAUCUGAAGGGCGAUGCCUCACUGAUGAUCAGCGACCUUUCACUCACAGACUCGGGGGAGUACAGCUGCAAGGUGAAGAACGGAGGGAAGUACUAUUGGAACACAGUCAACCUCAUCGUCCUCGUUAAACCGUCGAAGCCUCGCUGCUGGAUGGAGGGACAGCUGUUGGAGGGCAGUGACGUGAAGAUGAGCUGUAAAUCUACAGACGGAUCUGAUCCCAUCCAUUACAAAUGGGAGAGAGUGCUGGACAAGGGCAGAUAUGUGGGGAAACUACCACCUCUCGCUCUCCUGGACCUGAAGAACCCGGAGAUCGUGACUCUAAGAAACCUGAGCCGAGAGAGUGCGGGCGUCUACAAGUGCACAGCCAGCAACGAUGUGGGAGAGGAGAGCUGCACCAUGGAGGUCAAAAUUCACUAUGUUCGAGGUAUGGGAGUGAUGGCCGGUGCUGUGGUGGGCGUGUCCUUGGGUGUGCUAAUCCUCAUUCUCAUCAUUUGGCUGGUGUUCCGCAAGAAGGAAAAGAAGAAGUAUGAAGAAGAGGAGACGCCCAAUGAGAUCAGGGAGGAUGCUGAAGCUCCCAAGGCCAAGCUGAUGAAACCCAACUCUCUCUCCUCCUCCCGUUCAGGAAGUUCUCGAUCAGGCACCUCCUCCACCCAGUCCAUGGUUCCCAGCGGCGCACCACGUGCCCACAAACCUCACCCGCCCCCUCCCUCGAUGGGGCCUCUGAAAGACAGCGUCCAGCCUUCGACGUUGCCAGCCGUGCCCCCGGCGUACACGCAGGUGCCCCCGAAGCUCCCAGAGCCCCACAGCAGCCCCAAACUAAGCCCAGGCAACCUGGCACGGAUGGGCGCCAUGCCGGUGAUGAUCCCGGCCCAAACCAAGGCCUUCCAGACUGUCUAGAGAUACAUAGACAUCAUCACACACACGCACAUACACACAUAUACCUGUAUACUGAUUUACUCCGGGGACAGCUGUCUGACACGCAUGAGCACCACGGCAGCGAUGAUGCGUCCUGGUCGUCUGAAAGUCAAAACCAAA